AUGCCUCCUCAGAUAAAGCAAGACCUGAACAGAUCAGGAUGGGAGUCCACCGAUUUUCCCUCGGUGUGCGAGAGCUGUCUGCCCGAGAACCCUUACGUACAGAUGCUAAAAGAAGACUAUGGCGCUGAAUGCAAGAUUUGCACCCGCCCCUUCACAAUCUUCCGCUGGAAAGCAGACCGCACCGCGCGCACCAAACGAACCAACAUCUGCCUGACAUGCGCCCGCCUCAAAAACUGCUGUCAGUGCUGCAUGCUCGAUCUCUCCUUCGGUCUCCCCAUCGUCAUCCGCGACGCAGCCCUAAAAAUGGUCGCGCCGGGCCCCCAAAGUGGGAUUAAUAGAGAAUUCUACGCCCAGAACCAUGAAAAGGAGAUUGAAGAAGGCCGUGGCGCGGUUGAGGCAUAUGAGAAAACCGACGAGAAGGCGCGCGAAUUAUUGAAACGGUUGGCGAAUAGUGAGCCGUAUUACAAAAAACAGCGUCGUAUUGAAGCGACACAUGAAGAUGAGGAAGAGACGACCACCAUGCAGACGGAAGAGGGCGCUCCAAGACGGAGUAUGUAUGGUAAUGGACCGGGUCCGAUUCGUACAAGCGAUAGUCGAAGGGGCGCUCCAUUUAAUGGUCGUGGAGGACGUGGUGGUGGUCGAGGAGGUGGUCGAGGAGGUCGCGCAUUCCCGCCGACAACACAACUUCCCCCGUCAGCCGACGAUAUCAAUCCACCCGCCGACACAAAAAUCACAUCCCUAUUCAUCACAGGCGUCGAGGACGAUUUGCCGGAACAUGAAGUCCGCACAUUCUUCGAACAGUUCGGCCAACUGCGAUCACUCAUCUGUUCUCAUCGUGCUCACUGCGCAUUUGUGAAUUAUGCCACUCGUGCUUCGGCCGAAGCUGCAGCCUUGCAGUGUCAGGGAAAAGCAAUCAUCAAAGGAUGUCCAUUGCGAGUACGUUGGGGUAAGCCGAAGCCGUUAGACAGUAUGGCUGACGAGGAGCGGAAACGCAAUGCUCGUGAGGGUCGACAGUUGGUUCCACCUAGUCGGUCGGGCGGUCAAGGUCAACGAGCCAUUGCUGCUGCUGGCGAUGCUGCUGAGGCCGAGAAGCCCAAGUUCACUGUUGCGCCGCCACCGGGUAGUAGUGAGGUUCAAUAUGCCAGUCUAUCGGGCGAAUAG